AUGUUGCCCACGUAUCAACGGGUAAGCAGCGGUAACGGUGGCGGUGGUACGACGAAUGGGUCGGUCACGAAUCCCCUCCUAGGUCGGCGAUCGUUCCGGUCGCGGGAAAAAUGUCUCAUCCUGCUCGUCCUGUCCACGUUCGGGUUCGUCUGUUUUGGCGGAUUCUUCUUCCUGCCGGAUAACUUCAGCGCGGACCGGGUGCUGAAGGCAUACAAACAGUUUCAGCGGGCAGGGCCGGAGAUUUUCAUACCAGCGCCCCCACCAGCCCAUGGCCGUACCGGGGAGGAAGACAUCCACAAGCAGGAUGAUCGGGUGAAGCUGCAGGAGAAGAUACGGAAGGAGCUGCCAGAUGAUUUUCUCGAAAAGCCAGAUACGGGCGGUGGUGACGAUGGUGGUGGUGGUGGGGGAGGUGAGGAUCCGGACGGAGCCGUAGAGCCUGGACGGGAGGGAGGUGGUCCAAUUGAUGAACCGGACCAGGCGAACCGGUUGCCCGGUGGGGUAGGGGUAGUGGCCGGACCGGCCAUCGAGGGUCCGGACGGUGUUGUACAGCCGCCGCAAAACGGGCUAGAGCAGGAGGAUGGACCGGAGCAGGAGCAGGCGGAUCGGCGUCACCAGGGAGCCCGGUUCCCGGCCGGCCUCACCUUUAAUGCGUCCGUUGGCGAAGAUCCGGAUCUAGCGGUGCGGGAAAAACGCAACAAAGUAAAGGAGAUGAUGAUGCACGCCUGGAGCAACUACAAGCUGUAUGCGUGGGGCAAGAACGAACUCCGACCGCUGUCGAAGCGUGGCCACAGCAAUAGCAUCUUCGGUUCAUUCGAUCUCGGCGCCACGAUCGUGGACGGGCUGGACACGCUGUAUCUGAUGGGCCUGCACAAGGAGUUUGACGAGGGGCGCGAAUGGGUCGAACGGAAGUUCACGCUCGAGAACGUGGACGCAGAACUGUCCGUGUUCGAGACAAACAUACGCUUCAUCGGUGGCUUCCUCACGUGCUAUGCCUUUACCGGCGAUCGGAUGUUCCUCGAGAAGGCACGGUACGUGGCGGAUAAGCUGUUGCCUGCAUUCCAGACACCGACCGGUAUCCCGUACGCGCUGGUUAACGUACACAAUGGGGUGAGCAAAAACUAUGGCUGGGCAAGCGGUGGCAGCAGUAUCCUGUCCGAGUUCGGAACGCUUCACAUGGAGUUCGCCUACCUGAGCGAUAUCACCGGUGAUUCGGUCUAUCGGGAGCGCGUGCAAACGAUACGCGCCGUACUGAAGGACAUCGAAAAGCCGAAGGGCCUGUACCCGAACUAUCUCAAUCCGAAAACGGGUAAGUGGGGCCAACAGCACAUGUCGCUCGGUGCGCUCGGGGACAGCUUCUACGAGUACCUGCUGAAGGCGUGGAUCCAGUCCGGUCACGAGGAUUCUGAGGCGCGUGAAAUGUACGACGAGGCGAUGCAGUCAAUCGUAAAGCACAUGGUGCGCAACACACCGAGCGGGCUGACGUACGUGUCCGACAUGAAGUUUGACCGGCUCGAGCACAAGAUGGAUCAUCUGGCGUGCUUUGCGGGUGGUCUGUUUGGGCUGGGCGGUACCUCGCUGAACAAUCAGUAUUCGCAGCAGUACAUGGAGAUUGGCGAGGGGCUAACCAACACUUGCCACGAGAGCUACAUCCGCACGUACACCCGGCUUGGGCCGGAAUCGUUCCGCUUCAACGAUGGUGUGGAGGCGAAGGCACUGAAAGCGCAGGAAAAGUACUACAUCCUGCGGCCGGAAACAUUCGAAAGUUACUUCAUCAUGUGGCGGUUAACCCACGAUCAAAAGUAUCGUGACUGGGGUUGGGAUGCGGUACAGGCACUUGAGAAACACUGUCGCACACCGACAGGCUACACUGGACUGAAGAACGUUUAUCUAACCGAACCGGUGAAAGACGAUGUGCAGCAAAGUUUCUUCCUCGCCGAAACACUUAAGUACCUCUAUCUGCUGUUUUCCGACGACUCACUGCUACACUUGGACGAUUGGGUUUUCAACACGGAAGCACAUCCAUUGCCGGUGAAGGACCGAAAUCCGCUGUAUCGUCCGGCUGCCGGUUCCAGCGCACCGUAA